CUUCCAUCCUUGCUGGGCAGCGCGUUCUGCCUUCGGACAUGGAGGGAUUGGCCAGAAUCCUUGGCUUGGAAGGGGCGAAGUAGUCCGGCUUUCCAAUCAGAAAAUCUGCCCUUCCACAUCUUGCUAGAUGCAGUUCCUGUCAUCCAUAAUGGCAGGGGGUGAUGGGCGUUGCAGUCCAAUCCCGUUUAAAAGAUCUCGCGUCCGCUUAAAGGAAAUGCUUCCUCUUUGGAUUCUUAAAACACUAAAACCAUGAAAGGAGAGUUCUGCUUCUUAUUCAGAGAGCAGCACAACCGAAGGACUCAAGUCUGGACCAAGAGGAAACUCUGUUUCUCACAAUAAUCUCUCAGAGAAGCAAAUAUGGCAUCCCAUCAAAUACAAAGGAAACACAUUUUUACUGGAUUCCUCCAGAAGGACGUCUUAUUUAGUGCUGCUUUCAUGCUCAGGCUUGCACUGGUCUUUUAUGGCAUUUUUCAGGACAGGACUAUGUUGGUGAAGUAUACAGACAUUGACUACCAGGUAUUCACUGAUGCUGCCAGAUACAUCACAGAGGGAAAAUCCCCAUUCUUGAGAGCCACCUACCGUUACACUCCGCUACUGGGCUGGAUUUUAACACCCAAUGUUUACUUUACAGAUUUAUAUGGAAAGAUCCUUUUUGUGGUUGGGGAUAUGGUUGUUGCAUACCUCACAUACCAAAUUCUCCUUCUCCGAGGGCUUGAUAGUAGAAGCGCAUGUGGGUAUUGUGCAUUCUGGCUCCUCAAUCCCCUACCAAUGACUGUGUCCAGCAGAGGAAAUGCUGAAUCUCUUGUCGCCGCCCUUGUCCUUGGCACCAUGUAUUAUAUGGAAAAGAGACAUUUCAUAAAGGCAGCUGUUUUUUAUGGCCUCUCUGUGCACAUGAAAAUUUACCCUGUGACUUAUGCAUUGCCACUUGUUCUCCAUUUGCAAAACAAGAGAGAUGCGGGGCACGGCAAAACAGGCAGCGUCUCUUCAAAAGGUGAUUUUCGGGAACUUUUCUUUAAGUUGUUCAGCUAUGAUAUUUUGAUUUUUGGAUUGGUUUCUGGUUGUACUUUUGCUGCCCUGGGCCUUUCAUUUUAUUUAUAUUAUGGCUGGGAGUUUUUGGAGCAUACCUACCUCUACCAUUUGACCAGAAGAGAUAUCCGCCACAACUUCUCGCCCUAUUUCUACAUGUUGUACUUGACUGCAGAAAGUGAGUGGAGUUUUGUCCUUGGCCUUGCUGCGUUCCUGCCUCAGCUCCUGCUGCUCUUGGUGAUUUCUUUUGCAUGUUACAGAGAUCUCAUCUUUUGCUGUUUCUUGCACACAGCAGUCUUUGUGAGUUUUAACAAAGUGUGCACUUCCCAGUAUUUUCUGUGGUACCUUUGCCUGCUUCCACCUGUAAUGCCUCUCUUGAGGAUGUCCUGGCAGCGGGCUGCAUUGCUGCUGCUGCUGUGGCUCAGUGGACAAGGGCUAUGGCUGGCACCUGCUUAUUGGCUAGAGUUUAAAGGGCAGAAUACAUUUCUGCUCAUAUGGCUAGCAGGGUUGGCUUUCCUUUUUAUCAACUGUAUGAUCCUUGUUCAGAUUAUUUCUCACUAUUCUCCAUUACAUACAACAAGAAAAAUAAAGCAACAGUAAGACUUGCAUUGCUGCAAAUUGAGUUCUUCAUAACUUACUUGCAGAAGAAGGAGUCACAGUGACUAUUUUCCAGACAAUUUACUUCAUUAUCACAUUAUUGUAAAUAUUGUGGAAAGAUUGGUGGCAAAUAAUUCCUGACUAUUGACCCAAACCAUUGUUUAUGUGCACCUGUUUUUGGCUAUGCCCUGGUGGCGCAGUGGGUUAAAGCACUGAGCUGCUGAACUUGCUGACCAAAAGGUUGGCAGUACGAAUGUGGGGAGCGGGGUGAGCUCCCGUUGUUAGCCCCAGCUUCUGCUAACCUAGCAGUUUGAAAACAUGCAAAUGUGAGUAGAUCAAUAGGUACCACUCUGGCGGUGGUACCAUGCAGUCAUGCCGGCCACAUUACCAUGGAGGUGUUUACGGACAACACUGGCUCUUCAUCUUAGAAAUGGAGAUGAGCACCAACCCCCAGAGUCGGACACGACUGGACUUAAAAGUCAGAGGAAAACCUUUACCUUUAAUUGUUAUCUAAGAUGGAUAAAGUGUGGUCUUCCCCAUGUUGUGAGACUCAUAGAUUAUUGAAGCUAUCCACCAAUCCCCAAAUCCUCAAAGUAGGAAUGUGUGUAUCUACUUUCUGUGUGCGUGCGUUUGCAGCCCGUGGCCAAGUGGCAAGUAUAAGGACUAUUGAUCUGGAAUGCAAAACAAAAACAAAAAAAGGAACUGAAGGAAAAUUUCAUGGGAGGACAGACUUCUUCUUAGAGGCAGGCAAUGGCCUUAUUUCCCUUCUCCCUGCCCUUAGAUCACAAUAAUUACGUCCAAAUUCCAAUUAGGGAAUACUUCUUCAUGAUUAUCCAGUCUUUUAAAAUAUUAUAAAAGGAUUUCCUAUAACCAUGUUACUCUGCUGGGCUUCAAAUGUAUUUACUGAACCACUUCUGGCUGCUACCUAGGAGCUUCACCUAAGGAGCAAUAGCUAAUACAGAGUUACAUAUACUGCAAGUAAGAGGGGAAAUCCAUUCCGCCAGUUAUUUCUGUUUGACUGGUAGACAAACAUUACUAGAUUUACCCAUUUAACUACCAACCAGCAACAUCCUGGAUAUUCAUCCAAACACAGGUUGAAUGUAAGAAAAUUCUGAAAAACAUGCAUAGCAAUUCAGCUAGAUUGCACUUGCAGCCUCGGAGCAUAAUUUAGCAAGAAGUUUUAAUGUGCAAGUCCUAUUGAAAUGAAUGGAAGCUUUGUUGUGGCAGAUUAGAGUUCAUGGAAAUCGUUAUUUAUUUCAGGAAGAUCUAUGCUGGAUCAUCCUUCAGGUCAAAAGGUGUUCAGAAAGUAGCUAGUGCAGGCAAACUCUUACUGCCUGAGUCAAUAGGGUGUUGAAAAGAAACAUAUGAUAUAUCUGAUAUGUUGACUAAGUAUCACAAUCUCCUUUUAAAACCCCCAGUACCAUUGGCAGUGCAUUCCAAGUCUUCAUAAGAAUGAUAAGUGGUGCUAAUAAAGGUGGUAAUUAUGGUAUUUAGUCUGAUGAGACCUUACUAGAUGUUCGAAAGGCAGACUUCAGGCAUUGUGCUGAAUCACAGCAGAGUCCUCAUAACAGUUCUUGGUGUUUUGUGGAAUAAAUAACACUGCAAAUGAUACAUCAUUUUUAAAAUUCAGACUUGUCAGUGAAAUCCCAUAAGCCCAUCUUUCAGCAUCCUUUUGUGUGUGGUAUUCAUUUUGUGUGUGGUAUUCAUAGUAACCUAUGGAUGCGAGAGCUGGACCAUAAGGAAGGCUGAGCGAAGGAAGAUAGACGCUUUUGAACUCUAGUGCUGGAGGAAAAUCCUGAGAGUGCCUUGGACCGCAAGAAGAUCCAACCAGUCCAUCCUCCAGGAAAUAAUGCCCAAUGGCUGCUCACUGGAGGGAAGGAUAUUAGAGGCAAAGCUGAAGUAUUUUGGCCACAUCAUGAGGAGACAGGAAAGCUUGGAAAAGAUCACGAUGCUGGGGAAAAUGGAAGGAAAAAGGAAGAGAGGCUGACCAAGGGGAAGAUGGAUGGAUGGUAUCCUUGAAGUGACUGGCUUAACCUUGAAGGAACGGUGCGGUGAUGGCCGACAGGGAGCUCUGGCGUGGACUGGUCCAUGAGGUCACGAAGAGUCGGAGACGACUAAACAACUGAGCAGCAGCAUUCAUUGAGAGGAAAAUACCAUUCAGUUAGCAUUCACAGAAAAUAAAGAUUGGCUCUUUAUAAAAUCACUUUGUAAACUUUACAAUAAAAAACCCUUCUCAGAA